CCCUUCCACUUCCACAUGGACCGGCAGAGCUCACCAGAGACGCUGGUGGAUGUGCUGGUGAGCGUCCUGCAGGCCAACAACUGGCAGGAGCCCAGCCUGGUGCUCUGCCACCCCUGGGAUGUCGACGGCUUCCUCGACCUCUGGGCCCAACGUUCCCAGUUCUUCCUCCACACUAUCCUGGACGUGGGCUACCUGGAUGAGCCAAGGGCCACCCGCUACCUGAGGCAGCACGGGGACCGUGUCAGGACCCUCUCCAGCCCAGUGCUGAUGCUGGGCUGUGACCUGCACCGUGCUCGACUCGUCUUCCAGGUGGCCGAGGAGUUGGGGCUGCCACCGCAGGAAUUCCACUGGAUGCUGGGCUUCCCGCUCAGCGCCAGCGAGCUGCAGACCGAGGGCCUGCCCCCAGGGCUGCUGGCCUUUGGGGAGCUCAGCCGGCCACCGCUGGAGCUCUUUGUGCAGGACAUGGUGGGACUGGUGUCCCAGGCCAUUGCCCACGCUGCCCACGGCCGCCCCGACCCCGCACAGCUGCAGACCACGGGCAGCUGCAAUGAGAGGCACCGGGCAGGCGGCGAGUCCCCGGGGCUCUUCCUUGCCCGGUUCCUGGCCAACACAUCCUUCCACGGCCAGACGGGGCUGGUGCGUGUGGAGAACACAACACUGGUGAGGCCGGAGCAGCAGUUCCGCGUCUGGAGUCUGCGCAGGGACUCGCAGGGUGUCCCCACCUGGAUGACAGUGGGCACCUGGAGCCACGGCAAGCUGGAGCUGGAGGAGAGCGUGUGGCAGAGCCAGCGGCAGCGCAUGAGCCCCAGCGAGGCGGCCGAGGGGGCCCGCACACGGCUGCGGGUGGUGACGCUGGUGGAGCACCCCUUCGUCUUCACCAGGGAGGUGGAUGAGGAAGGGAACUGCCCGGCUGGGCAGCUCUGCCUGGACCCCGGCACAAAUGACUCGGCCGUGCUGGACGCCCUCUUUGAGAAGAUUGGCGAUGGCAACGGCUCGGUGCCACGCGCGUACAAGAAGUGCUGCUAUGGGUACUGCAUCGACCUGCUCGAGAAGCUGGCUGAGGACAUGGCCUUUGAUUUUGAGCUCUACAUCGUGGGCGAUGGGAAAUAUGGGGCCUGGAAGAAUGGGCGCUGGACAGGACUGGUAGGGGACCUGCUCAGUGGCACAGCCCACAUGGCCGUCACCUCCUUCAGCAUCAACUCAGUGCGGAGCAAAGUCAUCGACUUCACCAGCCCCUUCUUCUCCACCAGCCUGGGCAUCCUGGUGAGGACGAAGGACACGGCGUCGCCCAUCGGGGCCUUCAUGUGGCCCCUGCACUGGACCAUGUGGGUGGGCAUCUUCGUGGCGCUGCACAUGACCGCACUCUUCCUCACCCUCUACGAGUGGAAGAGCCCCUAUGGAAUGACCCCCCACGGCCGCAACCGCAUGAAGAUCUUCUCCUACUCCUCAGCCCUCAACCUCUGCUACGCCAUCCUCUUUGGGCGCACUGUCUCCAGCAAGACGCCCAAGUGCUGCACCGGCCGCUUCCUCAUGAACCUCUGGGCCAUCUUCUGCCUCCUGGUGCUCUCCAGCUACACGGCCAACCUGGCAGCUGUCAUGGUGGGGGACAAGACCUUCGAGGAGCUCUCAGGCAUCCACGACCCAAAGCUCCAUCACCCCUCACAGGGCUUCCGCUUCGGCACGGUGUGGGAGAGCAGUGCUGAGGAGUACAUCAAGAAGAGCUUCCCCGAGAUGCACGAGUACAUGCGGCGCUACAACGUCCCCACCACCCCUGACGGCGUCACCAUGCUCAAGACAGAGCCCGCCAAGCUCAACGCCUUCAUCAUGGACAAGUCGCUGCUGGAUUAUGAGGUCUCCAUCGACUCCGACUGCAAACUGCUCACUGUGGGCAAGCCCUUUGCCAUUGAAGGCUACGGCAUCGGCCUCCCCCAGAACUCACCGCUGACCUCCAACAUCUCCGAGUUCAUCAGCCGCUACAAGUCCUCGGGGUUCAUCGACCUCCUGCACGACAAGUGGUACAAGAUGGUGCCCUGCGGCAAACGCGUCUUCGCCGUCACUGAGACCCUGCAGAUGGGCAUCUACCACUUCUCGGGGCUGUUCGUGCUGCUGUGCAUCGGGCUGAGCGGCUCCCUCCUCACCUCGCUGGGCGAGCACGUCUUCUACCGCCUCGUCCUGCCCCGCAUCCGGCGCAAGAAGAAAUUCAACUACUGGCUGCACACGAGCCAGAAAAUCCAUCGGGCUCUGAAUAUGGGCACGGAGGAGCGGAAGAGCCAGCAGCUGAAGCUGGAGCAGAGGUACAGCUGGGACCGGGAGCCUGCCCCCGCCCUGCGGAAGGAGGCACGGCGGGUGCGCUUCCAGCUGGACAAAAACCCCCCCGAGGCUGAGGGCUCCCCGUGGCACCCCGGGAACGGGCGGCCCCCGCAGCCCCUGGACAGAGCGGCCGGUGAGAACGAGCUCCGGGAGCUGGAGGAGAAGAUCCAGGAGAUGCGGGACCAGCUGCGAGCGGCGCUGCUGAGGAAGAGCGAGCUGGUGUCCGUGCUGGGCACCACCAAGGGCGGCCGGCCCCUGCCCGCCCCGCUGGCCACCGAGGAAGGCCGGGAGGAGAGGCCCAGCUCAGCCCCGCCGCAGGACGGCCGCGAUUAG